CGUACAUGUGUGAACUGGGCUACUGUAAAGCGUCCUGAAUCGAAAUCCACAUGAAAAUCUCGCUCAAAUUUACAGAUGUGAGGUUGUUCUCGGUCCGUUCAUUCCCCGUCCCCCCUAUCUCCCUCCCACUCGAUCUCUCUGUUUUAUGUCUGCGUCACAACAAGUCGGUCGAGAGAGAGGCGAGGAGAGAUGAUGGCGUCUCUCGCGGGUUGAUUCUCAUGCUGCCCUGACAAACACGCUUAAUGAUAUCAAUAGGAGGAGAAUAGAGGGGAAAGGAUGGGAACAUGACGAAACGACGUCGCGGAGGACGGACAGAUAGAGAGACAGACGGACAGACGCCUUUUCACUGACGGGUUGACUGACAUACCCGUUUUGGCACCGACACACACGUACACAUCCACUCUUGCACACAGACACAUAACCGGACAGUAAUUGAGACGGGGGAAAACAGGGGAGGGAAAGGCAUUUCAUGUCAAGCUUGCACGGAAAUCUCUGUGACCCCAGCGGAGAGGAGUUCGACUUUACAGGAUGGGGGUAGUGAAUGAGGGAGAUGAUGUUUUAGCGCGAUGGAGUGAUGGGCUACUCUACUUGGGCAAUGUUAAGAGAGUGGAUGGAGUUAAACAGUGCUGCUUGGUACGCUUCGAAGACAACUCGGAGUUCUGGGUCUUGAGAAAAGACAUACACUCAUUCUCUGUAGGAGUGGAGGAAGUUUGCUGCAUCUGUGACGGGCCGCCCCUUAAGGAACCUCUCCUAAACUGUCUCAAGUGUCGCCAUGGUUACCAUCCUCAGUGCCACACGCCAGCCAUGGAGGCCGAGCCUGACAGCAUGGACUCCUGGAUCUGUCGCCAGUGUGUUUUCGCAGUUGCCACGAGGAGAGGGGGUGCCUUGAAGCGCGGCCGCUUCGCCCGACUCAUGCAGUUCAUGAAGCUGCGGCUGCCCUAUCAGCUGUCGUCUCUGGACUGGGACCCGCAGCACCUGACCAAUCAGCAGCAGUGUUACUGCUACUGCGCCGGGCCUGGAGAAUGGAACCUGAAGAUGCUGCAGUGUGGCAGCUGUGGCCAGUGGUUUCACGAGGCGUGCACACAGUGCUUGACCAAACCCCUGCUGUACGGAGACAGGUUUUAUCGGUUUCAGUGUUCAGUUUGCACAAGCGGACCAGAGACAAUCCAGAGGCUACCUAUGAACUGGGUGGAUUUGGCCCACUUGGUCCUCUAUCACCUCUCCCUGUGCUGCAAGAGGAAGUACUUUGAUUUUGACCAUGAAAUCCUGUCUUUCACCAACGAGAACUGGGAAUCCCUGCUGCUGGGAGAGCUCUCUGACACGCCGAGGCAGGAUCGAUGCCACAAUCUGCUCAACGCUCUAAACUCCCAUAAAGACAGGUUUGUCUCGGGGAAAGAGAUCAAGAAGAAGAAGUGUCUGUUCGGGCUGCAGGUGCGGGCGCCUCCCCCUCUGGUGUCGGACGCGACGCCGCUCAUCACAGAGCCUCCCAUCAACAUCACACACAGGAAAAGCAGCCCCUUGUCACUGCCAUGCCAGAGGAGAGCGCCCGGACAGGAGUCCCGCAAGUCCAAGAGGCGUAUCAUGGAGACGCAGCCUUGUCCGCAAGGAGCGGCAGCCAACCCCAUAGAUCUGGUGCCAUGUUGCCAUGGUUAUGUAGGGGGGACCAACCUCUACAACUCUAGGAAAUCCGAGGAGGAGUUGACGUUGGGAUCCCCUCCCAAGAGAAUGUUUGCGCUCUACCAUCCCUCCUACAACGGCACUCAGCCAAUAUCCAGAGCUCUGCACCACUACAGUGCGGAGGACCCCUGCAGACACCCUUCUUCCUGCCUUCCCUUCUCCCUCUCUUCCUCCCACCACCAGCCGAGCCAGAGGUUCGAGCAGUGUCCCUCGCUCUUCCGGCGCGACGUCACCACUUCCUUCCCCGGGGGGAUGUCGGGGGAAGGGGGCCCUCCGCCACGGGGCUGGGGAGGCGGGGAGGCCGUCAGGAUCCUGGCCAGACGGAUCACUCCCGAUGGGAAAGUCCAGUACCUCGUGGAAUGGGGCAAUGUGGGCAUGUACUGAGUUAGCUCCAGUGUGUGUGUGUGUGUGUGUGUGUGUGUGUGUGUGUGUGUGUGUGUGUGUGUGUGUGUGUCUGGGAGUAAUGGGAGCCUGAUUGUCUGUGUAGUUGUGCUUGCGUGCGUGUCUGUGUGCAUGUGAUGUGUGUGUGUGUGUGUGUGUGUGUGUACGUGUGAGAGAGAGGGCGAGAGAGAGAGAGAGAGAGAGAGAGAGAGAGAGAGAGAGAGAGAAUGAGUGAAAGAGGGAAGGAAGGGCAAAUAGAGGACGAAGAGAGGAGGCCCAGAAGGAAAAUAGAGACUGAUAAGAAGAUACAAUUAGCAACAUCAGCUAGAGCUAGAGAGGGGGAGAGAGAGAGUUGUAGAGUUGUAGAGGCACUCAGAACGGAAGAUACGUUGGCGAGGCUGCUUGCAGAAUUCACAGUUUGAGCGCAAGAACAUGUAACGUUACUCUGAAUUCAGGUUAAUUUCAAGGGAAAAAACACAAACUAGCACGGGGGUUUCUGCUGAGAUUCCCUUACUGUUUUUCUUUUGUUUCAGUGUCAAAUACCUUUAGAAUAUGCCUUCUUGAGAUCUGUUGAUCCAGAUUUACUUCCCUUCCAUCAGUGUACUGUGUAUAUUAUUUUGAGACCUUUUGGUUACGGAAGCCUUUAGAAAGACAAUUAAGGGCAUUAAUUUGUAUUAAUAUUUGUAGGUUCACUACUUCACAAUAAUUCAUCAUCGGAUUGUAUACCUCUACACACUGUUUUGGUAAGCUGACCCUAAACAGAUCAGGAGAAUUCUCAUAUCACUUCUUCUUUGCCAGAUAAUAUUACCUUCAAGAGUUUAAACUAAGUGGAGAAAACGGAGAGAAGGCACACUAUGCAUAUCCUUAUGAUGUUUAAGAUUGACAGGAACUGUGCAUAUUCGAGACAGAAUACAGUAUGUCCAGUGUCAACAAUAUGUCACUGAGUCAUCUUUUCACUGCGAUGGCAAUUACUCGUACUUCUUCCCAUCACAAUCUGAUCCAGUAUGGCGUCUAGCUGUCAAAACAGCUGUGCUCCUCUACAGGAUUAUCCCGCCAGAUACAGUAUUUAUAUGUUCAGAGACAGAAUACCUUUUAAUGUUUUUGGAGGAUACCUUAACAUAGCCUGCUUUUACCAUCCCCUUAUACUGAUUUCACUCGUAUAAAGGGUUUGGAACGUGAGUUCUGGGAUGGGAUUGUUCUUGGUGUAAAAAAUUGAAUGGGAGAGGGGAACAAAGGGAUGGUAAAACAAGGCCAGCAUAAUGUACUUAUGUUUGUAGUGGAUCUCCAACGCUUCAUGUUCCAUCACAGAAAGCAUCGCAUGAUGUGAAUUGUAGCACCAAGAAGUGAAACAUGAUCAACAUAAACGUUCUGAGUUCCACAUGCGCUGAUUCACUCUAUUGUAAAGAAGUAACUAACUGAGAUAUCUUAAGUGUGGUGGUUUGAAACCUCGAAACCAAUCCUAUUAUGCUUUUGACUGUUUGACUUGCUUUUGACUAAAAGCAUGGGGAAAGCACAAGGCAGGUGGGUUGAAGAUUCCGCUCCAUGGCUCACUGCAGUAUGAAUAUGGCAGUAGCUGGGAUCUAAAACAUCACCUCUAAACCAUCACAUUCUGAGAUUGGUAAUGAAUGUAUUUGUGUGUUUUUCUUAUGUUUAUGGUAUGGACAAUAAACCUGUUAAGUGCUUGUUAGGUCAUAGUUGGAAUUUUCUAGUAUAUAUCUACCACAUGUCAGGGUUACAACUUUGUGUCAAGGACAACUAAUCCUGAACAUUGUAGUCUCUCGUUUGAGUUGUUGUCAGGUCCAAGUUUGCUUUAGUGUAUCCUUUGACUUUUGAUCAGAUUGAGUUUAUACUUGUUCAUGUACUAUAGACUGACACACAUGGAGUAUCAACAAAUAAUAAAAAAAAAUGUUACAGGU